ACUUGCGCACGGACGCAAUCUUUUGUGAAAAGCUUCAGCUUAUUAAAUGGCAAACGAGAUGUGACUUAAAUUUAAUAAAAAACAUGGAUUAAUAUGUGUUGAUUGGAAUCGAGGUUGCAAAUAUGUGCCUUUAAGACGGAUGAGUAAACACGCUGGACAAAUACUUAUUUUCGGGCUAUAAAUAUUGCAAUAUGGGAAAUUAAAUGGAUAUUGCCUGUUUAUUAUGUUAAGGAGACGUAGCACCGGCAUAUUGAAGUGACAUUCCGCGGAUUAGCAUCAGAACAACGGAAAUGUAUGCCAACGGAAAUUGUGAUGCACAGUGUUACAGCGAAUAAUUAAUACCUUAUAAAAGAACACAUGUCACAAACGAAAACGCCGUUUCUGUUUAACCUUUAAUUGACUGUGAUUCUUUAUUCUGAAUAAAACACACGAGCGUAUAUCUGAAUCAAUCAAGGCCGUGUAAGGUGCUUGCUACUAGUAUAUUGUGUUUCGUCAGAUAAACAUCGUGGUCAUUCAAGCGUGAAUAAUAUACUAUGACCUAUCGAAGGAAAUAAUUAGAGUACAUUGACGGAGCCAAGACUGACAAUAAAGUAAAUAACUAUAGACAGCCUGUGGGAGUAUUGAUAGUAUUCAUCGACCAAGAUUUUAUUUAUAAAUUUAACUUCGUAUGACAACGUUGUAUAAAACAUUGCCUUUAACUUAUAGAACGGCAUUGUUCUCGCGUUAAUUGCAAAACUCUAUUACGAAAAUGGUUAUAAAAAAAGUUAAUACCUAUUUAAAAUAAAGCAAAAGAUGAACAAUAGAUGUGUGUUUACAUGAGAUGAUGAUGAUAAGAACACAGAGCGUUGAAAAAACACCGACCAGUGUUGACAAUAAUCAUUUGUUCGAUAAUCAUCUCGGCGGACCAAGUAUCACAAUGAGAGAGGGCCCGGAAGGCGAUGGGUCGGUUACCACCGACAAAAGUGUAGGUAGCGAGGAUGAAGGCACCAAUCACAGUGCGAACAUGAGCAUAGAUCGCUCAAAGGACGAGUCAGAUCUGUCGGAUUACGGCGAGGAAAACACGACCUGUCAGCUCGCCAAUCAGGCAGUUAGAGCGAGACUGUUGAGUAGCGUAGUCAAUUCUGCCACCGUCAACGAUUCUAAGCUUCGCGUCUCUGUGUUCGACCAUCGGUCUAUUCCAAGGAAGUUUAUUAUUCCUAAGACGCUGGAAAGCCGACCGUCGGUGAGCUGUCUCGAUAAAAUCAGCUCCGACGACAUGAAUAAACGGCCGCAAAAUUUGAACGGAUUAAACGUUAAGGAUGGUGAAAACGGUAUUCGUAAAGGUUCGACGUCGUCAUACACGGUGUUGAAAGCGAACCGACGUUUCAAUGGUGAUAGUGGGAGCACCAGCUCCAAAUCUUCGCCUACGAGUCCCCUGGAUUCGGAGAAUGACGUCAGGACUAGUUUCGACGUCUUACUCAGGAACUUAAUUGGUGACGUCAAUGACUUGAAUGUGCAAUCUAACGCCACACCAGUGGCGUUUUCCAGCGGAUACGAAAGUGACUACCCACAAAAUAAGGAUCUCCAGUUUAGUAAAAACAAGUCAGGAAGCAAUAAUAACUUAAAAAGUGAGCACAAUAAAACGGACUGUGUGAAUGUGGAUGUAGCAAAUAACGCCAGAAUUGGAUAUUAUUCAGAACAAUCUAACGGUGUUGCUAACGCAAAGCCGCUGCAAGGAAGCCAUAGUUUCUCAUCAUUGCCAUCAUUCCCCAUUUCACAAUCCGAACCCAGCACGGGCUCUCUAAAACGUCACGACUCAAAGGAAGUGCCCCUGGUGACGCUGGCGUCCAAAGACGUUGAAACGGACCAACAAGGCUUCUCCUACGCACAAAGACACAACUAUAAGUUAACAAAAGUCACACGUUCAAUGUACGAAAUUAUCAAUGAUCUCCAAAACGGCGAAAAGGGUGCUCUGGAAGUCCGAAAACGGGCGCGAAAAGGGCGUCGGUCUUCACAGGAAAUUAACAAUUACGUCGAAAGUGGUAACACGUCUUUCAAGGAAAACAAACCACGUGGGAGGCUGGAAACAGAGAAUGGAUUAACGGGCAACAAAGCGGAGCCUUUGGGCACAAUGAAGAUCUGUGAUUCCACCCCGGCCGCCUUCUCGGGGGCUGUGGUAAGAUGUGUACGUCGCCCGCUGGGCAACGACUUGCCGUUACCCCAGCGCAAUUUCUCGCUGAGUGAGAAUAGUAACAAAUUAACUGGAUCUCUUGCAAACAAGUGCGGUAAUAAGGUCCAGAAUGAUUUGCGAAAUCUUUUAUGUGACACGUCCACUGCGACAUUGUCAAGUGGUGGGAAUAAUGAUCAGUGGCGAGAUUUGAAUAACACGACGGGUGGGCAUAAUACUCUGCUCGAAUCUUCGAGUGCUGCGGACUCCACUUUUAAUCAAACGGGAUUUUCAGUGGCGAAUGAAUCAAACGCGGGCAACAGAAGACCUACUCUCAACCAACAGUUCAACAACCGUAUCAAAGCAGACGACCAUGUUUAUGAAACAAUACCUGGAGACGAGAAACUGUACGAGCAGUGGAAACGCGAGAGAGAAAAUCCGAAAAUCCCUAAAAUACGUCGCUUUACGACCAUUCCCGACCUUCCUGGAACUUUUAUUCCUAAAGAACCUCCCGCCUUACCGGAACGAAAUUAUCUUCAUAAUUCUAUCCAACCGCUGACGAAAGAUCGGGACAGUUAUAUAUGUAUGGGAGAUGUAAAUUCUAAUUUCGCUAAUAAGGAGAACUUAAAUAUCAGCAAACCCAGUGCUAGUUUUAUGAAUCUUCCCACAGAUACUAUUUUAUUCGAGUCGUCGUUCUUCCAAUGUUACCCUCUACCAGACGACAUUUCCCCGCAACGCAACACCGGAAGGACCGACGAGACCUCAGACGGAUAUUGCAGCAUCGACAAUCUAUCCUUACUUCGGGAGCAUAUCCACGAGAAAUCACAUCCGGAAACGCCACCACGGGAAAGGAUCUCGUCUGAAAAUCAAAACUUCUUCCGUCCCAGAAUUGACCUUUUUCUAAGCCCUAUGGCUGCAGACGAACUUAAUGAUUCUGGAACGUUUAGGGAAAAAUUCAGAAAUGAAAUUCCGCGUUUGUUAAGUCGCCAGUUGUCACGUGACGAAGAUCUCGGAUUAACGUUUAGGGCACCAGUGAAUUUCGAGUCUUACCGUGAACAAACCAAGCCGGUUUUCCAGGCAACGUAUGUGUAACAGUGAAACACGGGAUAUACAAGUGUUGAAUUUUACGUCUUUCAACUAGAUAUUAAUUUGUUCGAUUCUAUAUCAAUAGUAAUGAGGUCAUGGGUGCUGAUACAUGCACCUUUGCAUUCAUUUAAUUCAAGUAACUUGCUGCUAUACUAUAAAUCAUGUACCAAUAUAUCAGAACAUGAUAAUUAGACCUGUACAACAGUAUAUAAAUAGGAUGAAUAUACUAUCUAUUCUAAGUAUCCUUACAUAUUUUGUUUAAAUUAUUCAUUACUUUCCUUUUUUUAAAUAAAUUUUGAGCAGGGUUUUUCAUUUUUCGGUCCAUAUGAUAUGUAAUUCAAUGUAGGAAGAUUAACGAAAGUACUUUUUAAAAAAUACGCAAAAUUCAUUUACCAUGAAAUUUAUUGUCGUUAUUUAGGAAAAUGCAAUAACGUAACAAACUAGUUAAAUUUGUUGCAUCUAACAUACUGAUCACUCUAUGAGUAAUUACAAAACUGCCCCAUUAGUCAGUGAUGUAGAAAUACUGCCAUUGUCACAUGUAAUGAUACACGUAUCGCAUUGAUUCCAUACAAAUAUGUUCAUUUGUGGUGCUUGUUAUAUAAAACCCGUUGUAUCCAACGAUCUAUAUUCAUCUGAUCGUGAUCGCUAUCUGCUUAUUACUAAUAUAAAUCCUUCUAUUUGGUAUCUAUAAGCCUAAGACUUGUUAUACAAACGUGUAGAUCAAGCUCGAUAAGUAAACAAUACGUUAAAGGUAAACAAUAUAGUCAUCAACUGCUAUUGAUGUUAUCGUCGUUGUAUUCAUUAAGAAUGUAAACGCUAUUUUGUGCCAUCAUAUUGUAUUUUAUGACUAAUCUAUAAGCAAAAUAACAAUCAUCGAUAUGUAUUUUAAAGUUGUUGGUCUUUUUAUGAAAAAAGAAGAAGUUCAGAAUGCACAUAAAUAAACAUGUACUUCACUAUUUAAUCGUUCCCUAUACCGGGGACCAAUACAUUUGUUUGUAUAGGUCCCUGCUAAUACUACUUACAAGCUUCAUUUAAAAUAAGGGAUUAAUGACAAAAUCGGUAUAAAAACCUUUUUAUGCAACUGUAUUCCUAUUUGAUACCCUGAUUUCUUCUCCCAAUGUGUUAGAAUGCGUUUAAAGAGCCUGCUUUUAAUUUCCCUUCUUCAUGUACCACGCGGAUAUUUAAUUAUGCCAUAGAUUAGCGUAAGAGCAUGGCUGUACAUUCAUUACUUGACGAAUGCUACACUUUUUCAACAAGCAGUGUGUAUUUGGUCAAAGUUAGGAAUGUGAGAACACACUAUGUUAGAUGGAUAGACAUACUGUUUACAUUUUUGUUAGCAGAUAACCUAAACUAUUAUAAAAUCUUCUAACGAUCAUUCUGACCAUGAAGCAAGUCCAUAGGGCUAUAUCUAUUAUCUAGUUUCUUUUUUCCUUGUUUUCUGACUAUUUGUAAAUGAGUUCUUGUAUAAAUCUGAUUUGUAUAUAUGUAUUAUGAAAAUUGUACAUCAUGCAUUUACGUGACGUAGUUUAUAUGUUUAUGGAUUAUUAAGUUCAUGUUAUUUAUUUUAAGGAGUAUCUGCAUUUACGUCAAAUUAUGCAAUAACAUGUUGUUUAUUGAUAUGAUAUUGCAAUACAACGCAACAAAC